UCGCUCACAGAAACCGACAGAGUACCUCACUGGGGACAAAUAUGGUUCAUGGACAGGUGGUGUCGGCUCUGCUGUUGGCGGUGAUGGCUGCCACAUGUCACCAGGCGAUGUGUGGCCACGCCCACUCCUACGCCCACCAGACGAGUCCUGUGGUGGGUCCCGCCCACCCAGUCACCGUGGGACACGCCGGCUAUGGGGGAUACGGACACGGUCACGGAGGACACAGUGUCGACUACGUGGCGUACCCGAAGUACGAGUACGAGUACGGGGUGUCUGACGGUCACACAGGGGACCACCACUCCCAGAAGGAGCACCGCGACGGAGACGUGGUGGCGGGCGAGUACUCGCUCAAGGAGGCGGACGGCAGCGUGCGCACCGUCAAGUACCACGCAGACAAGUCCGGCUUCCACCCCGUCGUGCACCACUCGGAUCAUGGUUACGGGGCCGCUGUGGGAGGCGCUGGACUAGGACAUGGGUAUGGAUACUACUGAAGAUGUCCCGCUGGGCUCCAGAGCAUAUAAAUAGUACUCCUGUAA